AUGCCUCGUCGUUCCUCCACCUCGCCCUCGAUUCCUGUGGUGGCCUCCAUUGAUAUUGGCACCACAUCCACUCGAGUGAUUCUUUUCGAUCAAAGCGGAGGAGAACUCGCCAAGCACCAGAUCGAAUACUCGACGUCUGCGUCCGAGGCGCCGCAGGAGUCGCAGAACACCGACCAGUUCCGUCGUAGAAGUUCGCUUGCUCGCCAUGGCCAGCCCAUUUUCUCGGCCAAAGGUGUGGCCAUUCUGAUUGGCGACGAUAUCGAAAUUGAAAAUAACGCUGCUUCGGUCGGCCCAACGUUGCGUUUCCCUCGUCCUGGUUGGGUAGAAUGUAUGCCCGUUCAUAUUUUGGCCAAUGCGGUGCAGUGCUUGGUGGCCUGUCUCAUUACGCUCCAGAAAUUGAACCAGAACCCAGACUUGAAGGUGAAAUAUAGAGUGAAAUGUAUUGGUAUUGCCAACAUGCGUGAAACCACGCUCGUUUGGAGUAAAAAAACCGGCCGUCCGUUGUGUAACGGUAUCACCUGGACCGAUACUCGUACUGCUGAAAUCGUCCAGCACUUGGAGAGAAUGACCGACGAGGAGACCAAACGGUCAAUGAAAGAGAAAACCGGCUUGCCGCUUUCUACAUACUUUUCCGCUGCCAAGUUGCGCUGGCUCUUGGAUAACGACGACGAUAUCCGGGAAGAGUACGAGCGCGGCCAGGAUUUGAUGUUCGGAACGGUCGACACAUGGCUCAUCUAUCAUUUGACCAAAGAGAAGUCGUUUGUUACCGAUGUGACAAACGCAUCGCGGACCUCGUUCAUGAACUUGGAGACCCGUGACUAUGACGACGAGCUCCUUGAAUUCUGGGGAAUCGAUCCAUCCAAGAUCCUGAUGCCUAAAAUUGUCUCCUCCUCUGAAUUCUACGGCUCUUUUGCUGCACCCAAUUUGUCUCAUUUGGGUUUCCACAACAAAAUCACAGACCAGGCUUAUGAGAUUCUUAGAACAAUCUACAAUGUGCCUAUCAGUGGCUGUUUGGGUGACCAAUCUGCAUCUUUGGUGGGUCAAUUGGCUUUGAAGCCCGGCUCGGCAAAGUGCACGUAUGGUACGGGUUGUUUCCUUUUGUACAACACCGGUAAGAGGAAGUUGAUUUCUGAAAACGGUACUCUUACCACGCUAGGUUUCUGGUUCCCCUCUUUAGACGGCGACGAUGGAGACCCACACUAUGCGUUGGAAGGAUCCAUUGCUGUGGCUGGUUCCAUCAUUCAGUGGCUUCGUGACAACUUGAAAUUGAUUGAGAAUGCUCAAGACAUUGGGCCAUUGGCCUCUCAAGUUGAUAAUUCUGGAGGUGUUUUGUUUAUUCCUGCCUUCUCGGGAUUGUAUGCCCCUUACUGGGAUAGAGGCGCAACUGGUACAAUUUUUGGUAUGACCCAAUAUACCUCGUCCUCUCACAUUGCUCGUGCUGCAUUGGAGGGAGUUUGCUUUCAAGUGAGAGCCAUUCUUAAGGCUAUGGCGGAAGAUGCGGGAGGAUCCAAAGACUUCCUAGAGGAGGCAUCCACCGACCAAUCCAAAUUGUUGUCGACUUUGGCAGUCGAUGGUGGUAUGUCCAAAGCAGACGAGAUUCUUCGUAUUCAGGCCGAUAUUUUGGGACCGUGCGUCACUGUUAAAAGAGCAGCCGUCGCUGAAUGUACAGCACUUGGUGCUGCUAUUGCCGCCGGCUUGGGUCUCAAAGACAAGAACGACCGGAUCUGGAAGAGUUUUGAUGAGGUCACCGAGGCCAUUAAGGGCAACGACUCUGCAGACAACCAGUUCAAGGCCACGCUUCCUGACUCCGAGAGACGUAAGAACUGGAAAAGAUGGGAACGUGGUGUGGAUCGUGCCAAGGGAUGGCUCGAUGAAGAGUAG